GCUAGCCCAGGCCCAGGCUGCCAUGGCAAAGCUAAUCAGAAAGGAAGGCAACAGGGAGGCGGUUUACCUUCCAGAGGAUGACAAUGCUGCCUCACCAGAAGAAACAGCCAUGGAGGAUGUCCACCAGCCUGCAAAGCCAAAAUGCCUUGAAGGGCCCCGCUUAAACCCAGGCAAGUCUUGUGGCCAGUUGGCUCCUAAGGAAAAGCUGGUAUCUGCUCCCCAAUUGGAGGAAAAUGAGGAGGAGGCAGAGGAAGAAGCUCUGGAUCCAGAUCUGGCCACAGCUCCAGACCUGGAGGAAGAGGGAGAGGAGGAGGAGGAGGAAGAGAAUGAGAAUGGUCUUGGCGAUCCAGCUGUCCUCAGUGCUGUCCAGGACACCCAAGUACCAUGGCAGGAGGGGAAAGGUUUUCUGGGCCCUCCUGCCAUCCAGGUACCUGGUGUGCUGGGGAUGUCGCUCACAUCCUCACACUUCCUAUGGCAGACCCUAGAUUACCUGUUGCCAGUUCCUUUCCUGCCCUCGGUUCCCAGAACCAGCUCUCCAGCACGGCAUUUUGGACCUCAAUUGCCCUCGCCAGACCCAACUCUAUUCUGCAGCUCGCUGACCUCAUGGCACCCUAGGUUCAGUCUUCCCAGUCACCUGAUCCAGCUCCACCCUCUGCACCAACGGAUCUUGCAACAGCAGCGGAAUCCAACACCAAGUCCCCCAGCCAAGAAGCCUUGGUCUCAGCAGCCAGACCCCUAUGAUAACAUCAUGACCCUGAAAGAGAAGGACUGGGUGAUUAAAGUGCUGAUGGCUCAGCUACAGAGUGAGAAUCCCCACCUGGACGACUAUUACUACCAGGAAUAUUAUCAGAAACUAGAGAAGAACCAGGCAGAUAAAGAGCUACUUGGACAAAGGAGCAAGGUUGAACCCCUAAAGCUGGUAACACCUUACAUUCAGAAGGCAGAGGCUUAUGAGUCAGUGGUUCGAAUCGAGGGGUCCCUGGGCCAGGUUGCUGUGUCAACGUGUUUUAGCCCUCGACGAGCUAUUGAUGCUGUGCCCCAUGGAACUCAAGAGCAGGAGACAGGAGCUGCAAGCAGCCAGAGACUUCGGGCAUUGUACCGGAUUGAGAAGAUGUUUCUUCAAUUACUGGAGAUAGAAGAGGGCCAGAAGGAUAGGCUUCCACAACCUUGCUACCAUCAGCAGCAAAGAAGCCAGGUUGAGAAACUCUUCCAGGCUUUAAAGACUCAGGAACAGAAAAAUCUGGAGGAGGCAGAAGAUGGCCUUCUGCAUGUGCUUGCUGUGAGGAAGGGGAAAAUCCUAGUGGCUCGUCUGCUUCCCUUUCUGUCCCAGGAUCGGGCUGUUAGCCUUCUUCUGGGUAUCACCCAACAUCUACCCUUCCUGAUCAGGAGGGAUGUGGCUGACCAGGCCCUACAAAUAUUGUUCAAACCUCUGGGUAAAUGUAUCAGUCACUUAACCUUCCAGGAACUUCUCCAAGCACUCCAGGGACUAAUGCUGCUAUCUCCUGGAUCCUCAGAGCGGCCCAUCACUGUGGUGCUUCAGAAUCAGUUUGGAAUAUCUUUGCUCUAUGCCCUGCUGAGUCAUGGAGAACAGCUGAUAGCCAUGGAUUCUAAUAAGGAUCCCAACAGUGACCAUACGUCUUGGACAGACAUGGUCAUUCUGAUUGCUUGGGAGAUGGCUCAAAUGCCUACAGCUUCUCUGGCAGAACCCUUAACUGUCCCCAGCAACCUUCUUCCCCUGUUCUGUCAUCACGUGGACAAGCAACUGGUACAGCAGCUGGAAGCUAAGAUGGAGCUUGCCAGGAUUUAUUGAUUUUGUUGUUCUGGAAUACACAUUGGGAAAGUUUAAUCAUUAGACAUUAGCUGUAUGGACUAUGUCUACAGGAAUCCAGGAAGUCUGACAUUUCUUAUGCCUUGAUAGAUCGGAGGACCCUUUCCAUAAACCCAAAUGAUGGUACCUAAAAAGGCAUGUCAUAUAUUAAGUUAUAAAUAAAGAUAAUAGA